CCUGGCGUACAUAUCUCUGUGGAUGAAUCUUCCACAUCGGGAAUCACAAUCAGAAGAAUUCACCUUACCAGGAUUCCCCGAUAGGGUUCGUUUCCAUAUCUCGCAAUUGCAUCGGUUUUUGAGAAUGGCGAACAGAACCGAUUCAUGGUCAAGAUUCUUUCAGCCGCAGAUUUCAAAAUCUUUGCAGUCAUUCGGGUGUUUGUGCAACACUGUUGAAGAGAUUGAGCCUAUUGCACUUGAAUGGCUGAGAAAAUACAUGAAAAUCCCUGUUUGGCCAAUUGGUCCUCUGCUUCCUUCGGCUCUGUUAAACAAGUCAUCUUCUUCGGCUGGGUAUUUUUACCAACACCGAGCGGGCAAACAACCAGGGAUCUCUGUAGAAAAAUGUAUCAAGUGGCUUGAUUUGCAGAAACCUGAUUCGGUUCUUUACAUAUAGUUUGGAUCACAAAACACAAUCAGUCAAGCACAGAUGAAAGCGUUAGCUUCUGGUUUGGAAGAAAGCGGUGUUCUGUUCAUCUGGGUCAUAAGACCUCCGCUGGGCUUCGACCUGAGAGGCGAAUUUAAACCAGAAUGGCUACCGGAGGGAUUCGAAGAGAGGACAAGGGAGAAAAAACAGGGUUUGUUGGUGAAAAACUGGGCGCCCCAGUUGGAUAUUUUGUCACACAAAUCAACCGGAGCAUUUGUGAGUCAUUGCGGGUGGAAUUCAGUAACGGAAAGCUUGAGCCAGGGAGUGCCGAUCAUAGGGUGGCCCAUGGCAGCAGAGCAGGCAUACAAUUCGAAGAUGUUGGUGGAGGAAAUGGCGGUGAGUGUGGAGCUGACGAGAGGGCUGCAGAGUGAAAUCAGAGGGGAGGAGGUGAAGGAGGUAAUAGAAACGGUGAUGGGGGAGAAGGGGAAAGGAGCGGAGAUGAGGAAGAAGGCGGCGGAGGUUGCAGAGCGGAUAAAGGCGGCGAUGAUUGAGGAAGGAGAUGAAAAGGGGUCAUCGAUCAAAGCCCUGGAUGAUUUUUUUUCCGCUGUUUGUGUUGAAGCAAAGCGAAAGGAAAUUUGAACCUAGGUCCCAAUGUUCAUUGUUUUGAGUGAAUAGGACCCAAUGCUAUUGAAAAUUUGAAAUAAGCAUUUGUCAUUGAAAAGUGAAGAAUGAGAUUAUUGCAGAAUCAUCAUCCUUGUAUAGAAAUUCAGAUUAUG